CACACACCACACUGCUGAGGACUGCCCUAUACACAGCAGCUUUCAAACUCCUGAUAUUUCCUAUUUCAGUCACAGCAUAUCUGUCAGGCAGACACCUUUUUUAUUCUUAUGGCUCUGACAGUUCCUCUGUUAAAUUUGGGGCUUUUACACUAGCAUAAAGAAGCAAGGCUGCCAGGCUAAUAGGCACCCCCAGCAAACACCUGGCCAUCCAAGCUGGGCUCAGAGAUGUUCAGGAGGACAAAUCCACACAAAAAAAUGCAUAGUAUCAAAGCAGGCUUGGUUCUGCACAGAAACACAAAGUUAGAGGAGAGGCUGUGACAGCCCUUGGGUGUUUUGCUGUUUCUUUCUGUAGCUGAGCUAUUUUCUAAAAAAGUACCAUGUCACAAGUCAGCCAGUGCCCCUCUCAGUUUGCAGCCAUUCACUCAAAGCCAUGUUUGUCCUCCCAGCUUUUCCACUCCUCUGUGCCACUGACACCCAGCUGUAUAUAGAGCUGUAUGUAUGUAUGGCAAGCCAUCUGUAUGCAUCUGAAAACACUUUUGGCCACUGACAGCACUUAAAAGAAACCAGGUAAUUGUAAAAUUCUGCUAAGGAUGCUACAGAUUGGGUGUCAUACUUAUCCUUCAUAAAGCCUUGAUAAGAAAUCCCUGAGAUGAAUGGAAAACAGCUGCUCUCUAGACAACAUUCAUCAUGAAUGAUUGUCCAUCACAGAAAUCUCUCAUUUGGAGAAGGGAGGCCUUUGGCCCACUCUUUCCUUUUUCCUUGCAAAUUGAACUAUGCAGGAUAACACCAGGACUGGGUACCCAUGCUUUUUAAUAUUCCCUCUUUUGCUCCAGCAAACCACAUUAUAGCAGUUAACAUCAUAAUAGCAUUUAUCUGGUUUAGGCCCCACCUUUUGUCCCUGAGGACUAGAUUGGCAAGGUUAAUAUUAUGACAAUCUCAGAAUACACUAAUUAGAAAUUUCACACCUUGUUUCUGCAAGAUGUAACCAGCAAAGUCACAACAGCUUUAAAAUAUGCUUUACAAAGUCCCUUCCUUACUCCCACAGCGUAGAUUAUUGCAGGUAACAUUGCAAUAACCUGAAUACUUAUUACACAUUUCAGAACUUGUCCUUGCAUAACAUGACUGAGAACAUCAUAAGACUAUAAGUUAUUCACUAUAUCUUAGCUUACAGUAAAUGUUUAGCACAGUACAAGGAAAGAUUAACACCAGUGGUGGUACUAAUAGAAUCAUGAGUUCAGUAGCUGUAGGGCUUCAUCCUGAUGCAAAACAGAUUGUGAAAAACAUUCACCUGAAGCAUCAUGCCCUAUCUGGGGAAUAAAGCUGUCCUGGAGCUUGCUCACAUCCAGUAGCAGCAUUAACUGAGCUCUGACCCUUUUUACCCUGUCAUUCCAUUCCUUAGCUCACAGUUCUUGAUCCUUCAAGGGCUUUUUGUUCCCUUUCAUCAUAUUCCCCUUCUUUUCUUUCACAGGCCUCAGCACGUAUGCCUGUAGCAUGGAUACUUUUCCUACACACAUGACAUUCUAAGAUUAAUCACUCUCCUGGACUCCUUGGCUUGAUGAUAAACUCAUGCCUGUCUCCUGGCAUGCUCCCUUCAGUGCAGCAUGUACAGAAAUGGUUUCCACCACAACUGAAAAUGUUACACAACUGUACAACAUGACCACCCAGGAGCUCACAGUCAGUCCAGCAGAUAUCCACAAUAAUUCAGGAGUGGAUCAGAUAAAUCCAUAUAAAUGUGUUAAUGAAGAUGUAGAGAGAUGGCUACAGGAAUAUCAGCCUGGAUUCCUCUGGUUUAUAUUUGUUCUGGGAGCAAUAGAAAAUUCCUUUGUCCUCACUGUCCUGUGUUUCCACAAGAGUAGCUGUACAGUGGCUGAAAUUUACCUAGCAAACAUGGCACUUGCUGACCUAAUGUUGGUCUGUGUUUUACCUUUCUGGGCCAUUAAUAUUUCUAAUGGAUUUGAAUGGCCUUUUGGCCUGUUUCUCUGUAAAGCUGUCAACAGUAUGAGUUACAUGAAUUUUUAUUCUAGCAUUUAUUUCCUGACACUAGUGAGCAUUGACCGCUACUUGGCCUUGGUGAAAACCAUGUCCCUGGGACGGAUGCGACGAACCGUCUGUGCCAAAUGGAAUAGCUUUGUAAUCUGGACAUGUGCUUUGCUCAUGUGUUCACCUACAAUGGCGUUUCGAAAGUUACAGUAUUUUGAAGAAUACAAUAUCACAGCCUGUGCCCUUAUUUACCCAGUCAGCUACUGGGAGCCUACAAACAACUGCUUGCUGAAUAUUGUGGGUUUCAUGAUCCCACUCUGUGUAAUUACCUAUUGCACUAUACAAAUCAUCAAAGCCUUACGCAGCAGUGAGCUACAAAAAAUGAAGGCAGUCCAGACAGAGAGGAGAGCCACCAUGCUGGUCCUUACUGUGCUCUUGCUGUUCAUCAUUUGCUGGCUUCCAUUCCAGAUCAGCACAUUCAUUGACACAAUCCGUUACUUCUCACCCACGCUCAAAUGCCUGGAAGACAUCAAUGAAAUACUGACUCAGAUAGCUGUUUACUGUGCCUUUAGCAACAGCUGCCUGAACCCAAUCCUGUAUGUAAUUGUGGGGAAGCACUUCCAGAAGAAGGCUGCAGAAUUCUACAAGGGCUUGCUCCCAGAGAGGUUCAGAAAAUCACAGUCUGUGCGGAUGGAAAACUCCCUGGACACUUUAAGAACUUCCAUUUCAAGUGAAUACGCAAGGAAAAAGUCAGUUGUGCCAUUACCUCGAUAGCAAAAUUUUAGGAAAUAUUACAGGAAGAAAGCCUUCUAAGUAUAUCAGUCUCCACUACCAGUCCACAGAAUAAACUUGUGGUAGAGUUCAUCAUGCGGGGGAAAUCAACAGUUUUAUCUUAAUGGAAACUCCACGCAGAGACCUGCUUCUAAUAUUAUUGGAUAUUUUUCAUCAUUGAAUCCUAUUUGGUAGCUUACUUACAUUUUCAUGGCUGAAUAAUACGUGGCACAUGUAUCAUUUGGAAUGUUUGCAUUUCUAAGGUGUACAUACGUGUACAUACAGUUCUCUGAACAGAACCCCGGCUGUUGUCAGGAUUGUGCAGCUACUUAUGGUACCCAUGCAGUGUGUUAGAUCAGAUUUUUGAUCUGGGAGGGGCUUGUAUUUGAGUAAGUUCUGGUACGUGAAUCCCUUAGGAUUAUUAUUCAUAUGGAUUUUUAUGUGUGCUCAUCUUCUGGGCUUUUAUUUUCUCUCAUCAGUCAUCCAAAACUAUUUGAUCGUUUGAUUGACAAGAGGUGCCUUUUUGCAACUGUUAGUCACCUGAGCAUGUAUGUAUGGAAAGAAGCUCAAAAAAGGUAAAGCAGUAGUGGAAGGAAAGCUGUAGCCAGCUGCAUGAAGUUAGCUGAGUUUUCUUUAUAACAGGAGAUUUUUUACCCCUUCUACCUUGGGGUGAAAACAUUCACUCCUUUUGAAUGCGUGAAUGUUACUUACAUUCAUACCUGCACUUCAGCUCAGAGACUUGGUUUUUCAGUAUUCACAAAGCAUAAUUAAUAUUUUUUAUGUUAUUUAAUGUAAAUAUAAAAGCUCAGCACAACAGGUGUAAUGUCACAAGCAGAAGAAACAGAAUAUGAAGGAGAACAUCAUUCAACUACAUUAGAAAUCUAACUGAAAAUAACAGGAGUCUUCAAAGUUCAAAGUAUUCAAGAAUGGCCUUUUCAGACUCUAAUAAUACCUAUAUUUUAUUUGUAGAGUUAAUCUGUGUGAUUUUAAUACGAGGUAGUUUUUCCCCAAUUGGACUGUAUUUUUGAUCUAAGUUGAGUUUCAUAAAACCACAGAAUCACAGAAUAUGCUGAAUUGGAAGGGAUCCACAAGGAUCAUCAAGUCCAAUCCUCUGCCCUGCACAGGACCAUCCCCAAGAGUUCCAUCAUGUGUCUGAGAGCAUCCUCCAAAUGCCUCUUAAACUCUCUCAAGCUUGUUGCUGUGACCACUUCUCUGGAACCUGAGCCUGUUCCAGUGCCCGACCACCCUCUUGGUGAAGAACCUUUUUCUAAUAUCCAAACUAAACCUCCCCUGUCUCAGCUUCAGGCCAUUCCCUCUGGUCCUGUCACUGGUCACCACAGAGAAGAGAUCAGUGUCUGCCCCUCCUCUUCCCCUCCCAAGGAAGCUGUAACUUUAGUGAGAUCUCCCCUCAGUCUCCUCUUCUCCAGCCUGAAAAGAUCAAGUGCCCUGAGCCACUUCUCACACAGCUUCCCCUCAAGACCCUUCACCGUCUUCAUUGCCCUCCUUUGGACACUCUUCAAUAGCUUAAUAUCUUUCUUAUAUUGUGGUGCCCAAAACUGCACACAAUAUUCAAGGUGAGGCUGCCCCAGUGCAGAGCAGAGCGGGACAAUCCCCUCCCUUGACCAGCUGGCGAUGCUUUGCCUGAUGCCCCCCAGGACACUGUUGGCCCCCCUGGCUGCCAGGGCACUGCUGACUCAUAUUCAACUUGCCAUCAACCAGGACCCCAGGUCCCUUUCAGUGGCACUGCUUUCCAGUAUCUCAUUCCCCAGUCUGUAUGAACAUCCGGGGUUGCCCCAUCCCAGGUGCAGAAUCCAGCACUUUCCCUUGUUGAAUUUCAUAGGGCUGGUGAUUGCCCAGUCCUUUCAUUUGUCAAGGUCUCUCUGCAGGGCCUCCCUGCCUUCCAGGGAGUCAACAGCUCCUCUGAGUUUUGUAUCAUCUGCAAACUUGCUUAGUAUCCUCUCCAGUCCUGCAUCCAAAUAAUUUAUGUAAGUGUUGAAGAGCGCAGGGCCUAAGAUGGAGCUCUGUGGAACCCCACUAGUGACAGGUCACCAGUCUGGUGUUCCCCCAUUCACUGUUACCCUCUGUGCUCCACCCGUGAGUCAAUUGCUCACCCACCACAUGAUGUGUUUAUCCAGCUGCGUGCUGGACAUUUUGUCCAGAAGGAUCCUAUCAGAUACAAUAUCAAAAGCUUUGCUGAAAUCCAAAAAGAUUACAUCAACAAGCUUCCCUUGAUCAACUAGGUGGGUUACCUUGUCAUAAAAGGAAAUCAGGUUUGAUAAGUACACGGAAGAUAAACUCAAAGUGUACUGAAUUAUCUAUGUGCACUUUUACCUCUAGGAACCUUGAUCAAAACUGAGUUGGAGAUGAUCUAAUAUCUUCUGAAACUAACAGAGUCUUUUCAAAGGUUAAAGCCCUUAAAACCACCAAGGGAAACAGUGGCAUAAGUAAACUUGACUGCAACUAUGUGAUCUUUAUUCAUCAGAGCCAUUUAAGAUGGGAAAUUCAUAUUAAACCUUCAAACAACUAAACCAAAAAAUACUCUAGAAGUAUCCAGAUGUGAAAUAAAGACUAUGGGAUUUAAAUAAUUUAAAUUAUUUAUAAGAAAUUUCCAUAAUUUUUCUUUAAUAAUCCAGUAUACUCCUUCGUCAUAAAAACUUCCAUUGCUCCUUCUUUAUAUUGCCUGAGGCAACUGGAGACAACUAUGAUGAAACACUGCAAGGCUUUCUGUUAACUCCAGUGUUAUGAUAACAUCUCAUUCAUGACCAUGCUGUUCAUGCAACCAUUAACUAAAAGGAACUCCAUACAGAGGUUAUUGAGGCAAUGGAAUAUAUUUCUGAGUAUUUGGUACUGAGAAGUAAAAUAAAAAAAUUCUAUUAUAUUAAUAUCACAUUAAUUUAAAUAAUGUAUAUAUAUAGACACAUUAUUUUGCUAUACAGUAAGCAUGUACAACAGAAAAUAAACUACUUAAAGAAAUGAGAUUUCUUGGCAUUUUUUUCUCUAUCCUGUAUCCUUUUACUAAGGACUGGUUUCUCAGAAGUCCAAGUGUUUCAGCUGCUUUCUUUCACUUCCCAUUAUACCAAAGGAAAUUGAUCUUAAACAACAGAAUUUUAGCUACUUUGAAAUCUUUGGGUCAGCUUUCUUUUCAGGGUCCAUUUCUGAGUGGUGCUGACCACCCUCAGUCCUUUUGGAAGUUAAAAUCUGAACUGAGGCAGUUAAGGGUACUGAGAUAUUUUCAGCAGCUUUUCUCUGCCUGCUGGUUGCUCAAAGUCCCAUGAAAAGCAGAUAUUACCUUUCUUUGUGAGAACCUGGGGUACACAAGGGCUGGUAGGUGCUGUUUGCAGGUUGGACCCUGGCCCUAAAGCCUUGUUUUUCCCUCAAAGCAUGCAGACACCAGUAGCAAUGGAAAGCCCCUACAGCAGCCUCUGCACACCACAGAACACAAAAUGUCAUCUCACAGACUGUAUAAUUCACUUUUUGCCCACUUUUCAGUGCAGUGACACACUGUGCAGUAUUCACAUGCACCAUUUAUACAGGCAACAGAAAAAUGCAAGAAAUAAAGUGCAACAUCCAAGCUACAUCUUAGCUACUGUCAGUUUACAGUCACACUCAAAUGCUUGGUAAAAUUAAGCCAGACUUUGUCCUGAGAAUCUCAGAGCUGGAGAUAACAUACUGUAAUUACAGUACCUCUUCAUUCCCCUUUUUCCUGUCCCACUCCUUCAGCUGCUCCCAUCUUCCCUUUUACCUGAGUCUGCCAUAACAGUUACUGAGACUUUGGCCAUGCAAACCUCUGACCCCCCAUUCAGCCUGGCAGAGGUGGCGGGGGGAUGGCUGGGGACCAUUGCCAGAGGAAUGACAAGGAUAUCAACAGCUGGUUGAUAUUUCUGGCUUGAAGUAGGUACAGGCAGGAAUAAUUCUCAUCUUUCCAAUCUCUAUUUUUUCAGGUUGACUAUUGGUUUCACUCGAAAUGCAAAAUUAACAGCUUUAAAGCUGUUACUCAAGCAGCUGGUGCUUGCUGCAGACAGGACAAGGUUGCUCCUUUUUUAGGCAGGGUUUCAGUGGAGAAGUCAGGAUCUCAGUUCAGGACUCCCAGAUUCCCAGUCGAUCUUUAGCCACUGAAUUAUCCUUUCACUCCAAUUGUUCCAUCAGCACUUUCCAGGCUACAUUGGCUCCUUCCAUAUUUUGCUGUUUCAGCUUCUGCAAACUGUAGUUAGUAGAGUUUGAUUAUUACCACACUGUGAUAGUACCAAGAUCAUUCACUAUAAACCACAAAUAACUGCACCAGAGUUUAAGUUUUCCUUAGCAAUCACUUUAGUAUAUGUGAAGAAAUCCAACCAAGUUAAACAAAGAGUUUCACAUCAUAAGGUCGCAUCAAAAACCUUUUCUCCUUUUCCGGAACAGAUGAUCAGUUACAGCAGAUAACUAAGUUGAUUUGAAAACCAUAUCAAUUAAAAAAAAAUCAAACUGUUAAGUCAUACUGUUCCGAAAAGAUAGUUUAUUGCAAGCAUUAAAGGCUCCAGUUAUGUUAAAAGGAAGACUUUUAAUGGUUGAACUGUUGGACCAAGAGCUAGAACUCUGGAAACCUUUUGCAUUUCUGCCAUUUGUCUAUCAUGUAAUGUGUGCAAUAGUCAAGAAGUUGUACCUCUAACUUCAUCAACAUGUUUGUUUAAUAUUUCUAUUCAGAGAGUCUCAGUUAGCAUUUGUAAAUGCCUAUGCAGCUCUGAAGAACGUGUUUUUUCAGACAUGGUGACUGAAGAUCAUGUAAGCUUAAAACAUAAACUAAUGUUCUGAGUAUCUCAAGCCAAAGGUGCCAGCAGACCAAUAUAUCUUUACAGUAAAAAAACAUGUAACUGUUGAUUUUUAUAGAUGUUUCUAAACUAACUGUUCACAUUCCUUGAAUUCAUGAUCCAUUACACCUGUGCAAACUGUAAAAUGUUACCAGAUCAUUAUAUACUUUCUACAUGUUGAAACAAAGAAGGACGCUACAAAGAAAUAAUAAAUUAAAUCUCCUUUUUGUAUAAAGUUACAGCUUCUUAUGUAGACUUUUUCUAAGUAGUUUAAAUGUGGACCUACAGCAGUGCCUAUCCAUUUUACUAUUUCCACUAAAUGCAUAGACUUCCAAUUUUGAAUCUUCGAAUCUCUCUCCAUUACUGAAAAAAGUUCUAAAUACAGCAAUGAAAAACAACAGAAGAUAAGAACUGGAUUUACAAAGAGGAGUUGGAUUUGCAAACCACUAUUUUGGUUACAUUUUGAUUUGAUGAGUUUUGUAAGACUAUGUCAUUUAUCAUAUAAAUUUUAGACACAGCUGCAGUUUUCUAUUCAGUCUGUGAGUAAAUGUGGAACUUGGCAGCUCCUAGAGAUUCAUGUCCAAGCAACGACAAAUUACAAACUUCUUGUUAUUGCUCAAAUGCACUUCUUUAUGGAAAAAAUAACUUAAACACAGAAAUGCAUUGCCGUAAGCAAAGAGGAAGCUUUGGAAAGUUUGUGACGAAGUUCUCCUGUCACAUUGCACUCACCUUUAUGAGUCAGUGUGGGAUGGUUUGUUCCGAGAUUGUCUUCCCUUGAGUUUUUAGGAUUCUUUAUGUAACUUAAAUUUUACAUAAUUUAAAAAAUGUUGUGUUUAAGGUCUUCACCA